AUGAGGACGGUGCUGCAGAGGGUCAAGUCGGCAUCAGUCACGGUCGAUGGUCAACUAAUCUCCUCGAUUGGCAAGGGCUUGCUGGUCCUUGCUGCCGUUUCCAGAGACGACACUGAGAAGGAUGUCGAGGCUAUGGCUAGCAAGAUACUCAAGGCCAAGCUCUGGGAUGACGAGUCCAAAGACCCGCCGGGCCGCUGGAAAUGCAACGUGACCGAUAUCCAUGGCGAGGUUUUGUGUGUUUCCCAAUUCACGCUACUGGCCUCUAUGAAGAAGGGAAACAAACCGGAUUUCCACCAAUCCGCAAACGGCGACCAAGCCAAGACACUAUACCAAGCCUUCUUCAAGAAGGUGGGAUCUCUUUACGAGUCCGACAAGGUCAAAGACGGUCUUUUUGCAGCCAUGAUGGACGUUGCUUUGGUCAAUGAUGGGCCGGUCACUAUUCAAAUCGACACCAAUCCACCAAAGACGGAUGCUUCAACUUCAGAUGGAAACGGGAGCACACAGCAGACAGUCGACGUCAAUGACCGCAAGUAA